AGGUGGCAACUCUUACAAAAUCAGCUGUCAGAUUAUGUUUUCUCUUAUCAACUAGAACUUUGUUUAAUUUUGAAAUCAAAGAUAAAGAUUCGCAAGUAGAUUAUCAAUAGUCUGUCCUUGGACAAGUACGUCUUCGCUUUGCUUAUUUUUGGUCACUGAAUAAUCAACCCUCGACCCCACACAGUGAGACUCUUGAGGACAGUGCGCAGAAUGAGCCAAGAAACGCCCGAAGUCCAGCUUUCCGCGCUCCGUGUGAAGUACUGUGAACGCAAGGAUGCCUUUCUAGAGGAGAAUAUCAAAGUUAAAAACCCAUUAUGCCUUUUCCGGGACUGGUUGGCAUUGGCCUUGAAAACUCCGGAAAUCAUAGAACCCAAUGCAGCUGCCCUGGCUACCGUGAGUCCAACCGGCAAACCUUCUAAUCGCUUUGUACUGGUCAAAGAGGCCACCGCCGAGGGCUUCACCUUCUUCACCAACUAUGGCAGCAGAAAGGCGGACGAUAUCAAGGGUAAUCCCAAUGUGGCCAUAUCAUUCUAUUGGUUACCACUACGCCGCAGCGUUCGCAUCGAGGGCAUAGCCGAAAAAAUUUCACCAGAGGAUUCUCUAAAGUACUUUCAUCAGCGCCCAAGAGCAAGUCAAAUCGGAGCUGCCGCAAGUCCGCAAAGUCAACGGAUUCCAUCUCGAAACUAUUUGGAUGAAGUAGAGGCGGGUAUCAAGCAACAGCUGGGAGCAGAUGGAGAAGUGCCUCUGCCCAACUGGGGCGGCUACCUAGUCCGUCCAGACCUCAUCGAGUUCUGGCAAGGUCAGACAGAUCGCUUGCAUGAUCGCAUCCAAUUUAGGCGAGGCGAUGGUGUGGAAUCCGAAAUUGAUGGGAACCUAGUGCACAAGGGAGAAGAUGGAUGGGUCUAUGAAAGACUGGCUCCCUAAGCACGUACACUAGAAUGCUCUUAACAAUACUUAUGUCUUCCAAAUUUAAAUGAUACAAUUAGCGAAUUGGGUUAUGAGUUUUAGUAUAAAUUGUAAAGCUUAUUUAGAAACGCUUUUUAAUAAAAGUUACUUUAUAAACCAUGA